UAGUGGUGUGAUGCGUCCAACGUUUGAUGAUCUUAAAAAACCAUUUUAUGAACAUGGCGUUGUUGAACUGGUGGACUUUCUUUGGAAUUUCGAAAAGUAUGGUGAAUCAAAAAAGUGGAACGAUAAG